AUGUUGUUUUCGGUUGCUACCAGGGAUGACAUUUUGGCAGAAAGAGUUAAUGGUAAACAACUGAUAACUUUAAAUCGGCCAAAAGCUCUAAAUACAUUAAAUUUAAGCAUGGUGCGCAAGCUGUAUCCAAUACUAAAAAACUGCAAUGAUGACCCAGACGUUUUAUUCAUACUUAUUAAAGGAGCUGGUAAACAAGCAUUUUGUGCUGGUGGAGAUGUUGUUGCUAUAUCUCGUUCUGCUCAAGCUAGUAGUCCUUCUAAUACAGUGUACAGAGACUUUUUUCGUGAGGAAUACAUUAUGAAUCAUCUUAUUGGUACUUUAAAGGUGCCAUACAUUGCCAUAAUGGAUGGCAUCACUAUGGGAGGAGGUUGUGGCCUUUCAGUGCAUGGAAAGUAUAGAAUAGCGACAGAAAAUACAGUACUGUCAAUGCCAGAAGCUGCUAUCGGUCUUUUUCCUGAUGUUGGGGGUACACAUUUUUUGUCGCGACUGCCUUAUAGCUUGGGUCAGUUCAUGGCUUUAACAGGAUAUCGAGUGACGGGUGCUGAUGUAUAUCAUAUGGGCCUCGCAACUCAUUAUGUUCCUUCUAAAAGACUGGAAGACCUUGAGACUGAGUUGGUCAACACAGAUGUUAGAUUGUUUUCUUCCGAAAAAAUUGAUCGCAUUCUAAAUAAAUAUCAUGUCAGAGAGAAUGAAAUUCCCAAGUUUAGUCUAGUAAAGCGGCUUGCACAAAUAGAUUAUAUAUUUGGAGGAAGUACGAUAGAAUCGAUCUUCAAGAAACUGCGCAAUGAUACGGAUUCUUUUGGCAAGAAACAGUUCACUAUAUUGAAUAAAAUGAGCCCACUAUCGCUGAAAGUUAUUUGCCGGCAGUUGCAAAUUGGUUCGAAGAUGCAUUUUCCUGAAAUUUUUACCAUGGAAUAUCGUCUUUCACAGCGUUUCGUGCAGAACCACGACUUCCAUGAGGGUUGUAGAGCAAUUCUUAUCGAUAAAGAUCAUAAACCGCAGUGGAAACCGCCUAAUAUUGAAGAAGUUACGGAUGAUAUAGUCGACAAGUACUUCACGCCUCUAAUUGAAGAUGAUUUAAUCAUUACUGAUGCAUUUAAGGAUAGAAAAGUGACCUCAUAG